UUGAAGGAUUUGUUCUGAUUAGCCAGUGAGAAAAGAGAUGGACGGAGAGAAAGAUAGGGUUUUGAUCAUUGGGGCCACUGGUUACAUGGGAAGAAGGCUUGUCAAGGCUAGCAUGGCCCUGGGCCAUCCAACAUUCGCCCUUUAUCGACCGGAGAUCGCAUCCGAUGCCGAAAAAGUCCAGAUGCUCAUCGGAUUCAAAAUGGAGGGCGUGACACUUCUUCAAGGUUCCCUUGAAGAUAAAGAAAGCUUGGUGGCGGCAUUGAAGCAAGUAGACGUUGUGGUGUCAGCUGUCGCUGGAAAUCACCUUAGGCAUGCUAUCCUCGAUCAGCUCACUCUUAUUGAAGCCAUCGAAGAAGUGGGAACUAUCAAGCGGUUCCUUCCCUCUGAGUUUGGGAUGGACGCGGAUCGGAUGGAGCACGCAAUCCCCCCUGGUGACCAUGUGUUCAAGGACAAACGUGUGAUUCGGCGGGCCGUUGAAAAGGCCAAGAUCCCCUACACUUACGUCUCGGCCAACUGUAUGGCUGGCUACUUCCUGGCCGCUCUGGCUCAGUUGGGCCACUUCAUGCCACCCACUGAUCAUGUCUACAUCUAUGGCAAGGGCGAUAAGACCGACAAGGAUUGUAUUUGGGUGGAUGAGGAUGACAUGGCAAUGUAUGCUAUGAUGGCCGUUGAUGAUCCACGGACACUGAACAAGACUCUUUAUCUCCGUCCACCUGCUAACAUACUCACCCAGAUGGAGGUGGUGAAGAUCUGGGAGAAACUGAUUGGAAAAGAGCUGAAGAAAACCUUCGUUACACGGGAGGAAUGGCUUGGCAACAUGGACAAAAUGCCACCUCCACUGCAAAUCGGGGUGGCCCACCUCUACCAGAUCUUCUACCAUGAGGAUUUGGAGUUCAAAGUGAAGGGCCCACAUGGUGUGGACAGCCAUGACCUGUACCCGGACUACAAGUACGUCACUGCUGAAGAGUACCUCAAGCGUUUCGCCUAA